AUGGUCGUUGACCGGCCAUGGAAGGCGCUGAUGCUGCCAAAGAGCUAUCCACCGCUAUGGCUCAAAGCUCGAUUGGACGGCCGGCAUGCAGCGAUCGAGCUCACAGACCUGAACAGGAUCUGGGGCAUGCAGAUGUCAAAGGCCGAGUUGGUUCGCCAGGCUAGAGAUCAGAGCUGUAGCAUAGAUCCUGGUGAGGAUAGCGAGCAGUAUGAUCAGUUCUUGAGCAAAGUUGAAAGUGCUUUGACUGGCCAAAAGCGGACCACAUUGAGUCUGGUACCUGGAGAUGCUCAGGACUGGAUCACUUUGGACGUUUCGGCACCACUACCUGGGUCCUUACCUACUUUCAAGUGGCGCAUAGAGUUGCAUCCCUGGAACGAGCCUGGCAGCACUGUCAUCGAGUCAUAUUUGUUGACGCCAUUCUUGCUGUAUACUAGUCAUCUCAGAUUGCAAAUGCAGCAGCUCGUCGAAGAGUUAGGUCACAAAGAUCGUGUCAUUGCCAAGAUUACUGAUAAGUUGGAGACAACUGGUAACGAUCUCACGCAGGUCUUCCCUGGACUUUCCAACGUCAAGACCCACCGAAAGACAUCGCAAAGGUCGCAGCUCGCCAGUCACAUCAGAGGUCUUGCUGACUUUGACGAGAAAGCGUGGAGAGAUCAAAGCGUCAAGAGUGGUGCCGACACAGAUCUUUCAGUCGACGAUAUCGACAGGAUCCUUGCUGAAUUGCCACAGCCAAGGCCGAGUAGUGAGCACAGAUCCAAUUCAGGCGCAUGGUAUAGGAAUGGAGAUCGCACAGAAGUUAAUGGCAAGGCUCAUACGAAGGCGAGUGCAGCGACGGACGGCGCCACAGCAAAUCGUCAGGGCAUGCCGAAAGCCAGUACCAAUGCUCCUCCUGAUGCCAGCAUGCACAGCGGUGGUGACGAUAACGAUGAUGGUGAUUUCCAACGUCAAGCUACGCCUCCAAAGCAUUCCAGACAACGCGAAGGAGCUUUUGCGCAAGAUGAGACUCAGCUCGAGGCAGGGACAAAUGGGACUGAGACAUCUGCGAUGAACAAUGCAGAUCUAUCACAAGCGGUAUCUGCUUCAGCGAGGCCACCUCCAAAGCAGAAGCUUGGCACGAUUUGUGGCAAGAAAGCAAAGACACCAGAGCCCGAGCCCGAGCCCGAAGCAGAGACAGAUGAUGACGCCAAUGAGCCUGCAGCACCCACCCGGUCUAGUAUCUCACACGGGGCUCUCAAAGGCAAGUCUAAAUCCAGAAGUCAUCGUGCCACACCACCCACAUCACCUGCGGCAGCUACAGAGCCGGUAGAAGUGUCGGCUCAAAAACGGAAGGGCAAGUUGGGGACUUUCGGGGCUAAGGAAAAAUCGACCUCGCCUCCGCCACAAGACGCGGAUCCUGAGACUGAAGCUCGAGAGGCGCCAGCAAAGACUGUCAGACCCAAACUCGGUGCUUUUGGCGGCAAAUUCAAGCGAAAGGCAUGCCCAGUCCUUGAGGGCGACAAUGAGCACGGCAAAGCUGAGAGCGAAGUAGCUCCAUCGCCUUCGGCUGUGGCACAGGAGAUGGAAGGCAGGCAAUCACGAGCGCGCGUCAAAGAGGAACGAACGGAACAGGCUUCACGAGAGAGCUCAGCAGAGAGAGCCAACAGAAAGAGAGAUGACUUGAGAAGGCAGAUGGAGGACGAGUCGAAGGCUCCGGCGAAGAAGAAGAGGAGGUUCUGA